GCAGCAGUUGACUUGUCACUAUUUGAUGGACUUAGUUCUUUCAACAGUUUGGAGAUUCGCAACUGACAAACUAUUCUGUUUAAUUUCCUAGAUUUGUUUCAUCCACCACCAUGGCUGAGUCUGGUUUCCCUUUACCACCUGAUGCUAUCUGCCCACUGUGUGUGGACACCCUGAGAGACCCGGUCACCAUUCCCUGCGGUGACACUUACUGCCUGGAGUGCAUCAAGAUCUACUGGGAUCAGUUUGACCACAUGGGCGUGUACAGCUGCCCACAGUGCCGCGCAUCCUUCACGCCUCGGCCUGUCCUGAGACGCAACCUGCCCGACGUCCACCACGAGCCGCGGCAGAAUCUCCGGGAGCUCACGCCUUUUCCCGACAUGCACCGGGAGUCUUUCUGCGAUUUCUGCGUCGGCCGUCGCAACAGGGCCGUCAAGUCCUGCCUCAUGUGCUUGGCGUACUACUGCGAAACGCACGUCAAGCCUCAUUACGAGUCGUCCACCUUCAAAAGGCACAAGUUGGUGGAUGAGACGGGCCACCUGGACAGGAAGAUCUGCCCCCAGCAUGAGAAAGGCCUGGAGCUGUUCUGUCGCUCUGAUCAGAUGUGCAUCUGUGUGCUGUGUACUGUCAGAGAGCAUCGCAGCCACAACAUUACCUCAGCAGAAGAAGAGCGCAUCGAGAAACAAAAAGUCCUGGUGGUCACCCAGUCUGAGGUCCAGCACAUCAUACAGGAGAGAAUGAAGGAGCUGCAAGACCUCAAGCACAAUGUGGAUGUUCUGAAAAGCAACGCCCAGCGAGCGCAGGUAGAAAGUGACAAGACCUUCCAUGAGAUGCUGCAGGCGGUGGAGCGCUGGAAGGCUGAAAUCAGUCAGAUGAUAAUGGCCAACAUGCAGGCGGCGAUGUCACAGGCUGAGGGCUACGUGGAGCGUCUGGAGCAGGAGAUCAUGGAGCUGCAACGCCGAGAUGCAGAAUUGCGACAGAUCCUCGAAACGGAGGACAACAUUCACUUUCUGCAGAAUUUUCCAACCCUGUGCGUCCCUCCUGAGGCCAUGGUGCCCAAAGUGCUCAUCAACCCCCAGUUCUCCUUCGGAGAGAUGAGCAAAACAGCCUUAGAGAUGAAAGAAAACUUGGACGACAUCUGUAAGAAGGAACUGAGCAAAAUUUCCAAGACAGUCAGUGAAACUCCUGUGUACAUACUUUUGCCGAGAAACGGAGACAAACGCCUCAAAGUUCCAUCCAGGGCAGACUUUCAGGAACCAAAAACAAGAGCAGACUUCUUGAGAUAUUCCUGCAAGAUGUCCUUCGAUCCAAACACAGUCUACAAAGAGCUGGUCUUGUCAGAUGGGAACCAAAGAGUCACCCGGAAGAAAGCGGUCCAGUUUUACCCCGAUCAUCCGGAGCGCUUCGAUGGCUUCUCCCAAGUGCUGUGCAAGGAGCCUCUGACAGGUUUCAGAUUUUACUGGGAGGCAGAGUGGGGCGGGGAGUUUUCCAUUGGGGUGGCCUAUAAGAGCAUCAGCCGCAAGGGGAAGAAUUCACACAGCCUGCUGGGCUACAAUGACAAGUCGUGGAGCCUCCUCUGCUCAGACUCAGGCUAUUCUGCCUGGCACAAUAAAGCAGACAGAGACCUUCCCGAUGCUCCCAGGGCGACACGGAUUGGUGUGUAUCUGGACUACGCCGGCAACACUGUGGCUUUCUACUCAGUAUCGCAGAACAUGGAGCUGAUCCACAGAUUCAAAGCUCAGUUCAGCGAGCCUUUGUAUGCUGGCUUUGGUGUGGGCUCCUCAGUUACGCUCUGCCAACUAAAACCAAAUCAGGCACCUUAUUAAUCCAAAAACUGAAAAAUGAU